AGACCAGGAGACCCACAUUCUACACCUUGGUCACUUAUCGACAGUGGUGCAAGUCAUCAUGAAGGGCCAGACACAAGUUAUCAACAACAUGGCUUCCGCUGCCGAUCGACGUAGCACUACCGCUGCAGUUCCCCAGCAGCAGGUCCACGACGUUGAUCAGGCUCGUCAGGACGGAAGAGUUUGGAUGGCUCGUCAAAACAUGCGAGGGUGGUGGUAAGUGGCAGGAUACCUCUCCAGAUAUUAGGGUGCUGAUCGUGACAAGGAUCUGUUCGAACUGCCAAAAUACCAUGAAUCCAGCGGUGGUUGGAUAUAGAUGCUCGAUCUGUGGCCAUACCAAGUGCGCCUACUGCAAGGUCUACUCAGAAUAAAGCCACAUCUUUCUUCGAGCUUAUGGUAGGUUACCGUAUCACAAUAUGAUUUCUGGCCUGUGCUAAUGCUUCUGGGCAGACCAUGUUGUAGAGAUAGAUGAUGUUGAUGUCGAAGGGUGUUGUCUUGGCGGCUCGACUUAGCGUUCGUUUCAGAUCUUGGCUUUGGCGUGACGGAGGUCACUUCCAAUUCUGUCGCCUGAGGUCUCUGGUUGUUGCAAGGCGUAGGAAUAGAUAGUUAACAGUACAUGGCGUUCUUCUUUUCCGUUCUCCCGGCACUUCACUGCGCGCGGUAGGGCAAAGGCGUCAAUUGCAUAUUGCGCACAUGCUUAGUGGGAUAGUUAGGUCCAACCGUUCGCAUCCAGAUCCAUAUCUGUAGCACUUCGGAACAUCCAGCAAAUUCUGAGGUCAGUUUUAAGGCACUUGGUCAUCUCUACUCUGCUUCUGUCUUCUUCGCCACUCGUUUCUGAUGCGACGAGCCUCCUUUUCACUCACCCAGCCAUCUGGUCUCUCGCCGUCCUGCCAUCCAGCGUCGAGCCUUCGCUUCUUCCUCCGGCUCGGGGUGUUACUAGGCCGUCGCUCUCGUCUCGGGGUCGGCGGUCGGACUAGGCCGGCAUCGCUCAAUAGAACUUCGAAUUCCGGUCCCAG